AUCUGUGGUCUUUUUUUUUUAACUCACUCUUGUUCUCACUCUGGUUCUUGAGGGUUUCUCUCUCCGGUAGAAGUUAACGAGCUGCUGUGUGUUGCAGGCGGAAGAGGUGAGAACCUGGGGGAGGGAAGAGAGACGAGCGCAAAGAGAGAGAUGGAUGAGGAGGGAGUACGAGCUCCGCUCGUAGCAUUGCUGUCAUCCGCAGGGCGGCUGCGCGCAUCACCGGCAGCCCAACUUCUGCUUUCCCCGGCCGCGCGCGCGCUCCAUCCAUGUAGCAUGAGUUGGAUUUAAACGCCUGGCCACGGACCGAUCGCUGGAGGAUCUCGCGAAUCCGAAGACGUGAAUCAUGAUGGAGUAUUGGAGGCAGUGCGCGCUGUGGCUGAUCAACUGCAAGGUGCUUCCAGCUAGCCACCGAGUGACAUGGGAGUCCGCUCAGGUAUUCGACCUGGCUCAAACCCUCCGGGAUGGAGUCCUCCUGUGCCACCUGCUCAACAACCUGAGGCCGCAGAGCAUCAACCUGAAGGAGAUCAACCUCCGGCCGCAAAUGUCACAGUUCCUGUGCCUGAAGAACAUCAGGACUUUCCUGGCGGCGUGCAGCGAGGUAUUUGGAAUGAAGAAAAGCGAGCUCUUCGAUGCCUUUGACCUUUUCGACGUCAGGAACUUCGGGAAGGUUAUGGACACACUCUCCAGACUUUCACAUACUGCAAUUGCACAACAAACUGGAAUCAGACCAUUUCCUACGGAGGACAGUGUUGAUGAUGAGGACAUAUACAACCACCUGGAGGACCUUAUGGAUGAGAACGGAGUGGAGGAUGAGGAGGAUUUGUAUGACUGCGUCUAUGACGAUGAAGAGGGCGGGGAGAUCUAUGAGGAUUUGAUGAAGACAGAAGCCAUCGCUCCUCCGCCGUUCCAGAAGCAGGCAGAGACGGACAUCAGGAGCUGCUGCUUAACAGAGAUCAAGCAGACUGAGGAGAAAUACACAGAGACCUUGGAGUCUAUAGAGAAGCACUUUAUGUCGCCCCUCACCAUGUUUUUAUCCUUGGUGGAAAUAGAAAAGGUGUUUGUAAAUAUUCCAGACCUUGUCAGAGUUCAUAAGUGUUUACUGCUGGAAGUCCAAGACUCCGUCCUGCACAGAAGUGCUCAGAAUCUUUAUCAGAUCUUCAUCGCCUUCAAAGAGAGGUUGCUCAUCUACGGGAAAUACUGCAGCCAUGUGGAGACAGCCAUCGCCACACUGGACGACAUCUGCAAAAACAGAGAGGAUGUCCGCAUGAAGCUGGAGGAAUGCUCAAAGAGAGCAAACUAUGGGAAGUUCACACUGAGAGAUCUGCUUGUGGUUCCCAUGCAACGUGUCCUGAAGUAUCAUCUCCUCCUGCAGGAGCUGGUGAAGCACACUCACGAUCCCGCCGACAAGAGUAACCUACGGAAGGCCCUGGACGCCAUGAAGGAUUUGGCUCAGUAUGUGAACGAGGUCAAGAGAGACAAUGAGACUCUUCGGGAGAUCGAUCAGUAUCAGAGAUCAAUAGAAAACCUGAAUCAGCCCUUAAAAAACUACGGGAGGCCCAAAGGAGACGGGGAGGUGCGAGUGGCGUCAGUGGACAGGCGGGCAAAGCAGGACAGACACAUUUUUUUGUUUGACGCGGCGGUGAUCGUCUGCAAGCGGCGCGGCGACAACUACGAAAUGAAAGAAGUGAUUGACCUGCAUCUCUUCAAGAUCACCAACAACCCAACGUCGGACAAGGAGAACCGAAAGUGGUCCUACGGAUUCUACCUCACUCACAAUCAGGGCCAGAGCGGCUUUGAGUUCUUCUUCAAGACCAAAGAGCUGAAGAAGAAGUGGCUGGAGCAGUUUGGAAUGGCCAUAUCGAACCUCCGACCCGAGAAUGCAGCCGACAACUUCCACGAGUUUCGCAUGCACACCUUCGACAGAAUUACCUCCUGCAACUCCUGCCACAUGCUGCUGAGGGGCAUCUUCAACCAGGGCUACCUGUGCUCCAAGUGUGGCCUCGGCGCCCAUAAAGAAUGUCUGGGUCGCUUUGGCUCCUGUGGAAAAACAGAUUCUGGCUCCGUCAUAACUCAGGCUAAACAUCGAGACCCAGGUUUACCCAAAAUGCUCGCCGUCACCAACUACAGCGGCAUCCCAAGCCCCGCCUCUGGCCCCGCCCUCUACAUCCAAACGGGGGACAUCAUUGAGUUGAUCUGUGCUGACCUGCAGAGCCGAUGGUGGGAGGGCAGAAUCCUGGCGACAAAAGAAGUCGGCUUCUUCCCGAGUGAAGCCGUGCGGCCGUGUCCAUGCGUCCCAAAGCCUGUCGAUUUCUCCUCCCAGCCCUGGUUUGCAGGUCCCAUGGAGAGACUGCAGGCAGAGGCGGAGCUCAUAAACCGAGUCAACAGCACCUACCUGGUUCGCCAUCGCAGCAAAGAGUACUCGGAGUACGCCAUCAGCAUAAAGUACAACAAUGAUGUGAAACACAUAAAGAUCAUGACCAAGGACGGCUGCUACUACAUCGCAGAGAACAAGAAGUUCAGGAGCAUUUUAGAGCUGAUUGAGUACUAUAAGCACCACUCCCUGAGAGAAGGCUUCAAGAGUCUGGACACAACCCUGCAGUUUCCGUACCGACAGGCGGAGAACGCCGCCGUGCAUCGCUUCAACCGAUCAGGAGGAAACACCCCAUUGCUCUGCGGCCUGUCUCUUGUAACGGCUGCCGGCUACAGCUUUGUUCCUCCCUCCUCCGCUCCCUUCUGGUCAGUGCUCACCCCCAAAGUCAUAGGCGUGGCCAUCGCCCGCUACGACUUCAGCUCCCGCGACACCCGCGAGCUGUCGCUGCAGGAGGGGGACGUGGUGAAGAUCUACACCAAGACCGGAGCCAAUGGCUGGUGGAGGGGCGAAGUCAACGGCAGGGUCGGCUGGUUUCCGUCCACGUACGUGGAGGAGGGUGAGGAGUGAACCCUGAGGGGGAGGAGCCCGAUGACGGGAAAAGAAGCAAACCGAGCACAAGAGCAACGAGCCUCCGCUUUCCCUGCCACCUCCUGCUGCGCCCCGCUGCCUAAACCAACCCAGAGGCCUUCGGUAGAAGAAAAGGGCUAAAAGGCGCUGCAGACGCGCCGCGGCUAAAGGACCGUACCAACAAGCAGCUUGACUGUCAGCAGGGGUGGGGUGGUGGGACGACACUUCCUCCCCGUCUUCAUUCGUCCAUCCAUAAUUCAUCCAUCGCUUCCUCAUCGCCGCCCCCCAACUCCCACCUGUUUCCGCCUGCCAAGUCAGCUGUCGCCACCGCUCCCACGAGCGAGCGCUCAGGAGCCGCUCUUCCGUUCACGCGCUCAUCUAUCCGUGCGUUCAUCCAUCAGCCCCCACGCCGAGGGAAGAAAGUCAUCGCCCCUCUGGAGGAGGAACACAGAAAACCUCUUUUCUUUUUUCCCCUCUUCUUCUCCUCGGUUUCUUUGACCUUGCUUGUCUGGUGUUCCCCCGCGCAGGUUGUUAUUGAUGACUCUGCGACCCACAUUUCGCGUUAUGACGGCCGUGCACGCUCCCGAUGUCGUGUCGGAUAGCAUCACCGCACGGCGAUUGAUUCCUCUUUUUUUUCUCCACCCUCUACAUUCUUUAUCUCCAUCGCCGCCUCUCCUAUUUUUCCUUUUUUUAGUUGAGAGCGAUCUGCCGCUCUUAUCUGUGGCAGCUCCGCCAACAAAGGCCUAUUGGGUGACGGCUUAUCGUAAAGGAUACAUUAGCGCCUCGUCGCCGUGCGCCCUACCUGGAAGUUUAGAUCCCUCGCGUUACGCCAUAAAACCGCCUCCUUCCGUUGAUCCAAAUCUGUUCCACUUUUUGAAUGGUCGAAACACGGCUCUCUUACAUUUUCCCGACAGAAGAAAAAAGAAACUCAUCGAAUAAAUAAAUCCACUCUCUGCAAGGUCUCCUUAAUCCUCAAAGAGGUUUAUCCCACAGUUGAAAGAAGCCGUUACUGAACAACCUUCUUUUAAUAUAAACAGUCGUAAAAAAACAACAAAAACAUCUAAAGCAACAAGAGGAAGAAGUCCUCGGAGGUCGGCUUUGUGCGGGAAUGUUUACUCUUCCUCUCACAGGCGGCGGCGCUUUUCUCUGCUGCUAAACCCACUUCAAAAGGCUGUUGUUGUAUCAACACGUCCAUUUACUCCACUGUUAAUUAUUUUCCUUCAGACAAAAGGGGCACGCCGGUCACCGCCACAUGCGUGAAGGCCGCUGAAACGCUGCUCUUUUCAUGUCCCCAGUUCAAAGCGGACUUUUUUAUUUAUUUAUUUAUUUCCCACCACUUUAGUCCGUUUCUCUCUUCAGAUUUUCUCGACUCUAAACUUUCCCCGAGUUGACCACUGAAGAGAAGUCGAGAGAGAAAUGGAAAUGUGAAGGGAGAUGAAGGAAGCUGUCACCAGGCUAACUUGGGGAUUCUGCUCGGAGAAACAACCCCGAGGCAAUCUUUGCUGCCUGGAUCCCUCCACCCCUGUCGCCGCCGCCGCCUCUCUGCCACAUCUUCAUCGGUGCCUCUAGGUGUUUUCACAGAUGCACAAACUCCCAGUUUGAUGUAAAGAUAGUUUUUAGUGUGGAAUUAAUGGAGCCAUUAAGCGAGGAAAUAGUUAACAACUUCCUGUCAACUCCUGCACUUGUUAAAGCUAGGGAUGUCCUGAUCAGAUCACAAAAAUCUGGCCUGAUCUGACCCCAUUUCUAAUAGCAGAUAUUUCCUGAUACCGAUAUUUAAGUGUCAACAAUAACACCAAGUUUAGAUUUGCUUUUUGUUUCUUUCAUAGGAGUUAACAACUUUAUUUAUUUAUUUAUUUUAAUUAUCCUUUAUUUUAACCAGGAAAUCCCAUUGAGAUUAGAGAUAAGAUUUCCAGUGCCAAGAAUCUAUACGGAACAAGUCAAAAUAAAGUGCAUCUGAAAACAGUCAGAACAGUAUAUUGAGUAUUGAUCCAAAUCUAAUUUAAAUUAUGCAAAUAUCAGUAUUUCAGUAUCGAUAUCGAUACUGCCACGACAUAUCGCCUAUCCCUAUUUAUUUUCUUUAUAAUCAGCUCUUGACAUUUUAAGCUUAUUAUUACAAAUAAAUACUCUACUAAUAGUCUGUAUAACAAACGGAUCACAACAUUUUAUUGUCGUAAAACUCACCGGGAGCUACUACCAGCAGGAGGCACACAAAAGCAGUUUAAUUUAGAGAAAUAUUCACAGAUUCAGACUUU